AUGGAAGAAGGUGGUUCUUCAACAAUGGACGAAGCUUAUGAUUCAAACAUGGACGAAGUGGUUGUUGUACCUGAGUGUUCGAAAGAGUUGAAGCUUGUGGUUGGCCAGAAGUUCAAAUCACUGGAUUUUUGUUUCGCGUUCUACGAUGUGUAUGCCCGGGCUGUUGGUUUUGUUACUCGCAAAUCACAAAUGAGGAAAACUGAUGGUAUAAUUACUUGGUAUAACGUGGUAUGCAACAGGGAAGGCAGCAAGAAGUCGAGCGAGGAUGACCAAGCAAAUGUACGGUCUGGUUUUUCGUUAAAACGUCGACGUUUAUCCAAGCGUUGUAGUUGUAAAGCCAGUAGCUCAUUCAAGUUCUUCUCCGACGGAGGAGUUUCAGGUUAUACUGUCGAGGAGUUUAACGAAGUUCAUAACCAUUACAUGGUUGGGACAGAGCAUCAGCAGUUUAUGUCAAUCAAUCAAAAGUUGGACGACGUACAUCACCAAUUUAUCCUUGAUUGUUCAAAGGCUAACAUAGGUCUCACGCUCACGUUUAAUGUGCUGAAGGAAAUUCUGGGUGGUUUUCAGCUCGUUGGCUGCAAUGUUGGGGAUAUAAGGAAUGCUUCACGAGACAUCAAAGCAUACGCUCAUGGUUUUGAAGUACAAAUAGUUUUGGAUGAUAUGGCUAGGAAGAAGGAGAUGUCCGAAGCAUUCACAUAUGAGUACGAGGUUAAUGCUAGCAACCAGCUUGUUGCUUUGUUCUGGUGUGAUGGUUUGAUGAAGAGAAAUUACCAUAUGUUCGGUGAUAUUGUGGCUUUUGACACCACCUACAACACCAAUAGGUAUUGUAUGAUCUUCGCGCCAUUCACGGGAAAGGACAAUCAUGGACGACUAGUGACUUUCGCUGCUGGUUUGGUAAGCAACGAGAAGACAAGCGAUUUUGCAUGGCUGUUUAGACAUUUUGUCCAAUGUAUGGGGGUUGCUCCGAAGAUGAUUGUUACAGAUCAAGAUUUGGGGAUGAGAUCGGCUAUUGAAGAGAUUCUUGUCGGGACUCGCCACAGAUGGUGUAUGUGGCAUAUCAUGCAUAAGUUGGCCAAUAAAGUUCCUGGUCGGUUGUUGCGGGACGAAGAUUUCAAGAAAGAGUUCAAUGCAUGCGUCUGGUCGGAUCUGCUUGAACCCGACGAGUUCGAAGAAGAGUGGAAUGGAGUACUUGAACGUUACGACCUGGAAGACCAUGGUUGGUUGAAGACAUUGUACGACUACAGGCAAUUAUGGAUACCUGCAUACUUCAGAGAUUUCUGA